CAGACUCACUGGCAGGGGAAGAGCCAGGACUCGUUUCCCACAGAGGAUUUUUAAGUCUCCUUAAAAAGCUCUUAGGAGCUCAUCACCACCAGUAAAGCUGUAUAAGCACCGGGUUGACGGGACCGAAGGAAGUGGCGCGUCGUACGGGGAGCUGCCUACUGAAAUCGCCAUGAGUUACAAACCGAUUGCUCCUGCGCCCUCUGGCUCCAACCACACACCUCCAGGCUCCUCUGUGCCCUCUCCAUCCCUCCCCUCGUCAUCUAACUUUAGGCCGGCUUUUAGUGACUUUGGCCCACCCUCCAUGGGCUUUGUUCAGCCUGUCAAAGUGUCUCAAGGGUCCACCUACAGUGAGCUACUGUCCGUCAUCGAGGAGAUGAGCCGUGAGAUCAGGCCUACAUACGCUGGGAGCAAGAGCGCUAUGGAGAGGUUAAAGAGAGGUAUAAUCCAUGCCCGUGCACUGGUCAGGGAGUGCCUCGCAGAGACGGAGAGAAGUGCACGCACAUAACCUUUUGGAAAGCUCCCUUCACUCCUCACUCUUUCCCAGUAGAAGCCUGUCUUCAUCAAGAUCCCCAUCGUCUGUUUUACAAACAUUUUUUAUCCUCUCACCUUUUUCGCUUUCCUUGAUGGCUUUUUAUAGGUGCAUUAUGUCCUCCUUGUCUCCACUGUUCCCUGCAUUCCACCACACUGAUUCUGUUCAGCACAAACUUUCUGCGAGCUGUGGGGUGUAUGCAAAAUGCCGUUUUGUAUCUGUUUUGAAAUAAGAGUGGUGUGGGGGGGGGGUUCAACAUAUUUUUAAAUUGAGCUGUGGGAAAAACUUCAGUAAAAUUGAUGGGAAUAUUUAAGGUAUUUGUUCAAUAAUGGGGAAAAAAACAAAGUUUUUUUAAUGAAGAAAUCCUUGUUCCAGCUGCACCUGUGCCCAAGUUUCUAAUCCAAACAUGAUUCUGCAACCACUGAUUUUUUUUGUGCUAAUCUGAGCAUCUUGAAUAUACCCCAUUUCCAUCCACACUUUUUUCCCCUCAUUUUUUUGUAGUGUAAACACAGAUUAGACAUUUCUCAAUCCCAAGAAUGCUGUACAUCUCAAGUCAAUUUGUUAGUAUGGAAAUUUUGUAAACCAGAUUUUUGCAGUUCUGUAUGUAUAUCUUAAUUAAAUAACAAAAAAAAACA